AUGAGAUUAAGGCGUAGAAAAUGUAUUCCUUCUUGUGCCUCUAAUAGAAGAGUUGAUGAAGAUGAACUUUACUGGGAUGGAAAAAAGCAUGAUGAAGAUUCGGCUUGGUCGCUUAAUUCUACUCACAUAAUAUCAAAGUUAGCUCAGUGCUUUACUAAUGCUAUGGUUGGACCAAGAACAUGGAUAGGAGGAAUGUUUAGCCGCUCAGGCAAUAAAAGAUAUGGAAGCGGAAAAUUUCUUGGCUACACUUUAAGUCCUACUCAGGAACAAAGACUUCAAACACUUCAAGAGCGAUUAGGAGUGCCUUUUGAUGAGACUCGCCUUGAUCAUCAAGAAGCUCUCCGAAGCUUGUGGGAUGCUGCCUUUCCGGAUGUUAAGCUUAAAGGUCUAAUCUCUGAGCAGUGGAAGGAUAUGGGGUGGCAAGGAGCUAAUCCAUCCACUGACUUCAGGGGUUGUGGCUUCAUUUCGCUUGAGAACUUGCUUUUUUUUGCCAAAACUUAUCGGGUUCCUUUUCAGCGAUUACUUUCUAAGCAAGGUGGAAAGCGUGCAGCCUGGGAGUACCCAUUUGCUGUUGCUGGCAUUAAUGUUACAUUUAUGCUGAUUCAUAUGCUGGAUUUAUACUCAGCAAAACCUAAAUGUCUUCCAGGCCUUAAUUUUGUUAAAAUAUUGGAGGAAGAUGAAGAUGCAUUUGAUGUCUUGUACUGUAUAGCAUUUGCAAUGUUGGAUGCUCAGUGGCUUGCCAUGCAUGCGUCAUAUAUGGAGUUCAAUGAGGUUCUACAAGCAACAAGGACACAACUAGAAAGAGAAUUGUCUUUAGAAGAUGUUCACAGAAUGCAGGAUCUUCCAGCUCACAACCUAUUAUAUCAGUAG